CCGCUUAAGUACGUGACAUUGACACGCUAGCAUAGCACAUUACUACAUUAGCACAUGUAAACCUGCACGGCCCGGUCUUGUAAGAAUUGUAACCAUUGUGAAAAAAAAGAAAAAAGAAAAAAAAAACUGCCACGUUUGGCUGGCUCUUAUGGUGGGAACUGGGAAGUCUGAAGAUCAAGUGAGCAAUGCAAUGGGCAAGAAGAUUAAAGGUUGAUAUCUAGCCAACAAGCGACUGCCACGUACAUGAAAAAAUCUAAACAUUCAUAAAAUCUCAUUCCUUAUUUAUCUCCUCCUCUCAUUAGAAACAGUUGUUAUUUCGACCUCCAUUUAAAUGUCACAUUACCAGUAAAUGUCAUUAAGAUAAGAGAAAAUUUUCCGUUAAACCUUUUUACGGAGUAAAGUUUUAAGUUUAACCUUAUGCAGUUGUAUUACUAUGUAGGAAGCCAUACAAUUAUUCCAUCACCUCAACCUCCGACUAUACUUGUGCGUAAGGAUAGUUGAGGUGUACUAAAAGCCACGUAAGAAGCUCCCGCCUAAAGUAACUUCUAUGAACACACUCACACCACAUACACUUUCAAUCCGUUAAAAAAAAAACAGAGGAGAGAGAAAAUGCAACUCUUCUCUUCAUCAUCUUCAACCUCAACUUCAACCACAAUUUUCUUGAAUUCCUCAAAACAGUCCUCCAAAACUAGAUUAUUUCCAAUCAAGUCCCUACAAUCUCCUCCUUCGCACCUCACUGUACCUUCCUACACCUCCUCUUCUUCAUCCUCUUCCAACAAUGAAGUCUCCCCUGUUUUACAGGAACCCAAACUCGAUGAGAUUUCAUCUAGGAGAGAGAAUUUGGAGCAACUCCUUGUUCGCCGUCCGAUGAUUCAAUCGGACGGCGGAGGUGAGGAGAGAGAAAGUGGUGGUGACGGAAGCAGUAGCGAUGAGGAUGAAGAUGAAGACGAGGAUGAGGAAGAGGAGGAGAAGAAGUCGGCGUUGGAUCGGAGUUUGGAGAAGUUUGCGAAGAAGUUGCCGAUAUUUGAACCAGGUAGAGGUCAAGAAGGGGAUGAAAAUGGUGAAGUUAUUGAGAAGCCAUUGAAGAUUAAUUUGGAUUUAGCUUUGUAUAAAGCUAAGAUUUUAACUAGGAAUUUUCAGUUUGAUGAUGCUGAAAAUAUACUGCAACAGUGUAUAUACUAUUGGCCUGAAGACGGGAGGCCGUAUGUGGCAUUAGGGAAGGUACUAAGGAAGCAAUCAAGAAUAACUGAAGCAAGAGCUGUUUAUGAAAAAGGCUCUCAGGCUACUCAGGGUGAAAACCCUUAUAUCUGGCAGUGCUGGGCUGUGCUAGAAAGUGACUUGGGAAAUACAAGGAAAGCAAGAGAACUAUUUGAUGCGGCCACAGUUGCUGAUAAGAAGCACAUUGCAGCGUGGCAUGGAUGGGCAGUUUUGGAGCUAAAACAAGGUAAUAUUAAGAAGGCUAGGAAUCUUCUUGGCAAAGGUAUUAAAUACUGUGGUGGAAAUGAGUACGUAUACCAGACUCUCGCGUUGCUUGAAGCUAAGGCUAAUCGCUAUGAGCAGGCCAGCUACUUGUUUAGACAAGCCACAAGGUGUAACCCCAAAAGCUGUGCUAGUUGGCUUGCCUGGGCACAGUUAGAGAUGCAGCAGGAAAACAAUCAAGCUGCAUGUUAUUUGUUUGAGAAAGCUGUUCAGGCUAGCCCAAAAAACAGGUUUGCCUGGCAUGUAUGGGGGCUAUUUGAGGCUAAUCUUGGAAACAUUGACAAAGCAAGAAAAAUUCUAAAAAUAGGUCAUCUUGUAAACCCGAGGGAUCCAGUACUUCUUCAGUCUCUUGCUUUGCUGGAGUACAGGCACUCCACUGCAAAUGUUUCCAGGAUUUUGUUCAAGAGGGCAUCAGAGUUGGAUCCAAAGCAUCAACCCGUCUGGAUUGCCUGGGGUUGGAUGGAGUGGAAGGAAGGUAAUGUAUCCACUGCAAGAGAGCUGUACCAGAAAGCUCUAUCUAUCAACUCAACGACAGAAAGUGCUGCUCGUUGCCUUCAGGCGUGGGGCGUUCUGGAGCAAAAAGUUGGAAACCUGUCUGCAGCUAGGAGAUUAUUCAGAUCGUCUCUUAACAUAAAUUCACAAAGCUAUGUGACAUGGAUGACUUGGGCUUCGUUGGAGGAGGAUCAAGGGAACUCUGUGCGUGCUGAGGAAAUCCGUAACCUCUACUUCCAGCAGCGCACAGAGGUAGUAGAUGAUGCCUCCUGGGUGAACGGGUUUCUAGACAUCAUUGAUCCAGCACUCGAUAGCAUAAAGAGACUCUUGAAUUUAGAGCAGGAUCCAUUUGGAAAGACCCCAGAUUCAUCAGAAGUAAAGGACAAUGAUGAAGGAUCAUCGCCCUCAUCAGAGGUAAAAGAUGCUAGGUAUAAGAGUGGUUUUGACUUGGAUGCAUUCAUCAAAGAAAAAUUUUCCCUUGACCCAAACAAACUCGAUGACCAAAUGGAAACAUCAUUGUUGUCCAUAGCAAAAAGUAAGGAACAAAGAACUGCAUUCAGACCAAGGCAAAGAUACAAAUAGUUGUUGCCUUGGAAUAAUUUGAAGUCCAUAAUCUUGCUUUGUAUAGUAUGAUAAGAAAAAUUCAUUUGAUGAGCUGUGCAUAAAUUGUAAGGAUACAGAAAACUCUAUUCUUGUUACUGGAGAACAUAGUCGCAUUUCAACAAAAUUCCAUUUGUUCUAAGCAUCAACUUGUGUAAAGAAAGACGUAUUCUUUUCCUUUUCUCACCAAAUUUAGUCAAACUAGUUCUCCAGAGCGUAAUGAUCAAAGAUAUUUCUGCCAUCUCAA